UUCAUCCGUUCUUUAGAAAAAUAAACACUAAAGUAUUCAUAGUUGAUGAAAGCCCCUUAGCCGCUGACUGUGACACUGCCCCACCAUCACCAUCCCAUCAUUUUCACUUUUUUAAUUAUGCCCCUUAGCCUCUCUUUUUUUUAAAUUCCUUCAUCCUUUUCUUCUACCUCACUUCUUUUCAUCUAAAGUUCACCAAGCUUGGUUUCCAUCAUUCACGUCAUGAGCUUUAGUAACCAAUCUUAGAUCUUUGCUUUGCUUUCACUUGUUCUUCUUGUAUAUAAAAACCCAUCACCUCAUCACCUUACACUAGAUUUGACUUGAAAAUCCCAAAGCAAUGGUUCCAUCUUCAUCGUCAUUAUCGUCUCCGAUUGUUUACGCUUUGACCCUUUUCGUUUCUUUGUCCUUUCUUUUACUCUUUGCCCCUCAAAUCCUUCCUCUCGGGAAACACCGGCAAGUUCCGAUCUCUGCCCAGGAUGAACUCGACGAUCUCCAUCUCUUCCGUGAAGCUAUCACGGCGGCAUCAUCUCGUGGUGGCUCUUCCAAGGUUUCCCAUCUGGGUACUAUUAACCCCAAGCCCAAAAUCGCUUUCCUUUUCCUCACAAACUCGGAUCUCGUGUUCGCCCCUUUAUGGGAACGUUUCUUUGAAUCGAACGAUGGUCUCUUCAAUGUCUACAUCCAUGCCGAUCCAUCUACCAAGCUAAACCCCCUACAGUGGUCAAUAAAAGCCAACUUCAUCGCUUCCAGAAGAACAGCACGCGCCUCCCCGACGCUAAUCUCCGCCGCCCGGAGACUCCUCGCCAACGCCAUCAUCGACGAUCCGUUCAAUUUGUACUUUGCACUGGUGUCCCAACACUGUAUCCCUCUCCAUUCCUUUAAAUACGUUUACACUUCCCUCCUCGGCAACCCAUCAUCGGCAACCAAAGCCUUUUUGACUCCACGUUCGCACCAAAGCUACAUCGAGAUCUUAUCCGAUGCGCCGUAUCUGCACAACCGGUACGUUGCUCGUGGCGACGGCAUGAUGGUACCCGAAAUACCGUACGAUGAAUUCAGGGUCGGGUCCCAGUUCUUCGUGCUUGCCAAACGACAUGCUUUGCUUGUGCUAAAAGAAAGGAAACUAUGGAAAAAAUUCAAGCUCCCUUGCUUAGAUUUAGAAUCUUGCUACCCUGAAGAACACUAUUUCCCCACAUUGUUAUCAAUGGAGGAUCCUAAAGGAAGCAGCCAUUACACAUUGACGAGAGUGAAUUGGACUGACAGUGUCGAUGGUCAUCCCCAUACAUACCAUUCGCUGGAGAUUUCGCCGGAGCUCAUUCACACAUUGAGGGAAUCCAAUUCGAGUUAUUCAUAUUUUUUCGCUCGGAAAUUCUCACCGGAUUGCUUGAAACCAUUGAUGGGUAUCGCCAAGGACGUCAUUUUCAGAGAUUGAACUGAAUUUGGAACUUAGCAGAAUCUUGUACCCGAUUCUAAACAAGGAACACAUGUUGAUAGAAGCUCUUAUACAUCAAGGUAAUGAUGUUCCUAUUCCUGAAUCACCAGUUAUUGUUGAAGGUAUUGCUGAAAAAGUUUUCUUUGAACAAAUUCAUGAGGGGAAUCAAGAAGUUGAACCUGAGGUAGAGGGUACCUCAGUUGCAACUGGCCUUGCCGCUUGGAGAAGAACUAGGGCUGAUGUUACUGAAGAAAUAGAGUCUUCUUGUGCUUCAAAGAAGAAUGUAGGAAAAAGGCAAGGAGCCACUAUUUCUUGAUGCUCCUAAAAAACAACAUUGAAGAGGAAGUUGUCUGAAUCAGAAGAUGAGAAAGAAAUCGACAUUGAAGACUAUGAUCCAAUUUUUGAAAUUACUACUCAGAUGCCGAGUGUUCACACUAAGAGGCCAAAUGUACCUUCUUCUUCAAAGAAGAGUUCCUGAGAUGCUUUAAAAGGCUGCCAGUGAAGCAAGGUUUGAGCUUAUUCAACCAAAAAGGAAGUUUCUCAAUCUUACAUAUGCCAAACGGAUGAAGGUAAUGACUAAAAAAGGGUUGGUUCCCUAGAGAAACCUUGAAGAAAAAGGCUUCUAUGAGACAAACUACUUUUCUUUGUGAGGUACAUAAAAACUUAUAUUAGGAAUGUAGUUUAGUGUUCUAUGCUAACCUGAAGAAAUCUAUUAAGGAUUCAUCUCACAAGCACCACAUUAGGGUCUUUGUAUGAGGUCACUUUUUCACCUUCAAUCCUGGUAUAAUUAGUGACUUUCUCUAUCAUCAAUGCAUGGAUGCUGUUCCAUUGAAGGAACUGUACUAUAAUGAACUUACUGUAUUGCUAACCAACAAUGUAAGGACUGCAUAUCUUAAAGGACAAGAUUUCAAGGCUUCUGAGCUUACUCCUACUUACACUGCUCUUCAUGCCAUUGCCACCAAAAAUUGGCUUACAAUUAGCCAACGAAAUGUGGUCACUAAAAUGAUGGUCAUGUUUUAGCAUAAGAUUGUCACAUUCACCCCAUUUGAUUUUGGGUCAGAUGAUCUUUGAUGAGAUUACAAAGCAUGCUAAAAUGAAGAAUGCAAGUCUUUCUCUACCUUUUUCCUUUUUUAAUCUUCUAGAUCCUUAUGCAACAAAAGCCUUAGGUUAUAACUAAGGCUGAAGAUGAACCUAUGCUAUCCGAGUUGAAGUUUUCUUUCAAGUGGAAAAUUGGACAAAAAAUGCCACAGUAAAUGCCGAGAAAGCUGUAAAUGAGAAUGAAGAUGAUGCUGAGUCUGCCACAGACCCAACUGCAAUUGUCUCCACAAUUGCCAAACCUUCCCAGGCUGCUCAGAACAGAUUAAUGCAACACCUGGAUGAGGAGUUUGCCUGUCUGGAUAAAAGCAUCCAAUGCCUAGAGAAUCAUUAGAGGGUGCUUCAUCGCCAAAUGACUAGAGCUCAACGCUAUAAACUGGAUCUCCUUGCCCAACAAAAAUAAUUACUUUGGUAGUUUUUGAAUAAAAAAAAUGGGGGAGAGGAGAGCAACAAGGGGAGUGAAUUGAUUUUUUUUCUACUGUUGAUUGAUAUUAUGAUGUAUGUUGGUGUUGCUUUUGAUAAUACAGAACCUGUGGAAUUUGGAGGAUGAUUUUUCUUUA